AUGCUAGUAAUUAUCAAUGUGAUGCUAAGAACGUUUAAGGUUUUUGGACUAAGCGAAAAGAUCACUUUUGACUCCAAAACUGGUUUUGUCAUUAAAGAAGCAAAUUGGGAUACGGACAGUGUAUAUACUUGCACUGUUGAAAAUAAAAACUUGUCACAUGCAAUAAAAAUAAAAGCUCAGAGUACUACCUUCUCUCCAUGUAUGAGUAUCUUAAGAAUAGACGGUGAAAAAGCUGUAUCAACAGGUUCGAGAUUGAAUCUUACAUGCACAGUUCAAAUAAGAAGAGAAUCCUUUUAUAUUAUCUCCUGGGAGAUUCCACACAACGUGACUUCCAGAAAAAUUAUAAAUACCGUUCAAGUAGAAGAAAAAGGAUUCUAUAAUUUAGUCAAUCUUAUAACGUCUGAGCUUAUUAUUAACAAUGUUACUCACGAUGAUAGAGGUAACUACACUUGUAAAAUAAGAUCUUCGUUUGAUGAAGAAGAGAGUCUUGAUACUCACGUUUGCGUGUUUGAUCCUAAUAAACCAUACAUCAAUUUAUCAUCUGAUAAUCUGAAUAUACACUCGGAUACUGGUAAAUCAGUGACUUUUUUGGCUCUUGUUGAUGCAUACCCAAUACCAACUUUGAAGUGGACUCACCCUCUAGGUUAUAUAAUUCGUCCCCACUUGUGGAAUACAAUAAUGUCCGAUAACGAAACGAUGAGCCGAUUGACUAUAUUAAACAUCGCUGAAUAUGACACGGGAUUUUUUACGCUUACAGCUAAAAAUGAUAAAAUAGUAAAGGAGUUAAAAUUUUAUCUUGACGUUCAUGGUAAGCCAACGGUCAGGUUUGACAAAACUUACCUCACAUCUUACUACAGUUUUAAUAAAACUGCCAAGUUUGUUUGCCUUGUCGAUCGUCAUCCUAAGUCGAAUAUAUCCUGGACCAAAAUUAACUAUUGGACGAAAACGUUGACUCUUGACCUUACAGAACAUAACUUACAGGGAAUAGAAACAGAUGUGCAGAAUAGCAAUUUCAAACAAAAGUCAACGGUAGAACUCAAACAGCUAGUAACAUCUGGUGUAAUAACAUGCAAGGCUUGCAAUAGCUAUGGAUGUACCUCUGCGUCAAAGGAAAUUCGCAUAGCAGAUGGGGUAGAUAAACCAUAUUUUGGAAUCAUACAACCAAAUAGAAGUUUUCAUAAAGGUGACAAUAUUUCUCUAAUAUGUGCUGUUUUGACUCAUUCUUUCUCCAAAGUCGUAUGGUAUGAUGAAAACGGUCAGGUGGUACAUACUUCCGAAAGAAUACACGUUACAUCGAAGGUAACUGAAUUUACUUACCAAGCCAUUCUCACGAUCAAUAACGCCAUUCAAUCAGAUAGAAGAAAGUACUAUUGCAAAGGAACGGAAAGUUACAACAGAUUUGUUGGAUAUCCUUCGCGCAAAAUACUGACAGAGUCAUACUUCCUUAACAUCAAUGAUCCACCUACUUUUACCCGUGUAAAUUUGAACGCUACAGAGAGAACUGUGAUGGCAAGGGAUUUUGAGAAUCCCCUGAUAUUAUUAUGCCAUGUUGAAGGGAUUCCAACCCCUAACAUUACGUGGACAAAAAACAAUGUACCUCUGAAGAUAUCAUCACAGUAUACUUUCGAGGACAACAAUCAAAAAUUAACUAUAAGAUACUUUUUUGAAAAAGAUUCUGGAAAUUAUUCAUGCCAUGCUCAGAACGAUUACGGAACAGUGGAAAAAUCCCAAAUUAUUGUCGUGAAAGGAAAUCCAAAUACUAAUUUUUAUACUGGAAUAGUCGUAUGGUUCAUCGCAAUCCUUACUUUUAUAUCAAUUUACUUUUACUUACAAGUACAACAUGGAAAGUUUACGGAAGGGGAACUUGAGUUAAUGAAUCCAGAACUUACAGUAGAUGAGCAGGCAGAACUCCUUCCGUACGAUAUAAGGUGGGAGUUCCCCAGAGAAAAAAUAAAAUUAGAUAAGAAAUUAGGAAGUGGAGCUUUUGGAGUCGUGUAUAAGGCCGUAGCUUACGAAAUGUUUGGUAAAAACUCUAAGACAACUGUAGUUGUAAAAACAGUUCGCAAAAAUGCAGAUCCAAUGUAUAUUACUGCACUAGCCAGGGAACUUAAAAUUAUGAUUUAUUUGGGACAACACUUAAAUAUUACAAGUAUUUUGGGAGCUUGUACAAAAACUAUAGCCAAACGUGAACUUUUGGUGAUUGUUGAGAUUUGCAAAUUUGGAAAUCUGCAAAAUUAUCUCUUGGAUCAUCGACAAACUUUUAUUAAUCAAAUUAAAUCAGAUAAAGGUGAAAUCGGCCCUUGUAUCAGAAAAACAUCAAAUAGCAAUGGAGUUGAAAUUCAAAAACGUUGUCUUCAGUACGAUGAACAUUUUGGAUUCAAGAAAACUGCUUUCCAUCCUAAGAUUGUUAUUCCUUUAAAUCUAGGUUGGCGUUCUAAUUACAAAGGGGACUACGCGAAUGAAGAUGUUCCAUUUCUCUGCACUAAGGAUCUUUUUUCAUGGGCUUAUCAAGUAGCAAAUGGUAUGGAGUACCUUUUCCAAAGAAAGGUGUUACAUUGUGACUUAGCUGCGAGAAAUAUAUUAUUGACAGAAAAUAACAUUAUUAAGAUAUGCGAUUUUGGUCUGGCAAAGACAUUGUACAAAGACGAAAACUAUAAGAAGCAAUGCGUUGGCAAGUUGCCUGUAAAGUGGAUGGCCAUCGAGUCCAUUAGGGACGGAGUCUUUUCAACUAUGUCAGAUGUGUGGUCAUUUGGUGUAGUUCUAUAG